UGAUUCCUGUACAUGUUUUGAGAUUUUUGAAACGUACACGAAUUUAAUAUGGAGACUGACGCAGGACCAAAAUUCGAGGACAUUUUGGAUGUGAUUGGGGACAUGGGCCCAGCGCAGAUUCUCAUAAUAGUCUUCAGUAUUGCGUUGGACGCCACUGCCGGCUUGUCAACAAAUUAUUACAUAAUAGAGAGCGGAAAUCCUGGUUAUUUCUGCACACCAGUUGACCGCAAUACGUCUGACGUCUCUGGGAAUGCUACAUGGAAUGGAUGCCCGACGGCGAAGACAGAUUGUGUCAAUGUGACAUUAUUUGAGGGGUAUACAUCGCCAACGACGGAGUGGCAGUUCAUAUGCCAAUCCCGCUACAUGUCCCGUCUACUACCGACUCUCAUGUUCGCCGGUAAUCUCCUCGGCAUAAUAGCAAGCGGGCAAAUAGGGGACCAGUUCGGGCGACGACCAGUGCUACUAGCUUCAUGGAUACUGAAUAUAGCUACCACAUCUAUAUUGUCUGUUGCUCCAUCAUGGCCCGUCUAUGCCUUUAUUCGGAUCAUUAACGGCAUAACCUCAGGUUGUUGUUCGAGUGUUGCAGGCACACUAGCCGUGGAAUAUGUGGGACCGAAAUGGCGCGUCUUCGUUGGUCUCAGACUCGGAUGGAGGGUAGCACACUUUGGCAUCGCGUUUUUCGCUUACUUCAUUCGUCAAUGGCGGCAUCUCGUAUUAGCUUUGAGUCUGACGUGGAUACCAUUUUUUGUUUUAGCAUGCUUCUUUUUGCCCGAGAGCUCCCGUUGGCUCUUUCACAAGAAGCGAUACGAAGAUGCCCACAAAUGUCUGACCUUCAUCGCAAAACUGAACAGGAAGCCGCCCCCAGAUGCUGAUCUCGUCCGCCGAGUCGAGGAGGAGUUCAGGGUGAAAGAGGCGGUCAAUUCUAAAUACAGCUACCAUGAUCUGUUCAGGACGAGAUAUUAUGCAAAGAUAACUCUAGUUUCAAUGUUUGCAUGGUUAACCUCAGCUUGUAUUGCGUAUGGAAUCAAAACCGAGAUCCCGAAUAUGACGGGCUCCCUCUACCAGAAUCUGCUCAUCGCCGCCUCAGUCGACUGUGUGACAAGACUCCUAGCUCCUUUCGUACUCAAUGUCCUUGGUCGCCGCUGGAGCUAUCCCGUCUUCACUGCUGUCCCAGUUCUCUCCAUGUUCAUUAUCCUAGCCCUUGAUCUGACUGACUACAUGGAAGGUCGGGAAGGCAUUCGCACAGGACUAGCAUUGACAAGCUAUGGUUCUAUCGCUGGUGUUUGGUUGUUAUUAUUCGUAUACUGUUGCGAAGUUUAUCCAACAGUGAUAAGGAAUAUUGGAAUGUCGGCUAUGAGUUUCAUGUGUGUUUUAGGAGGAAUUAUUUCUCCACAGAUUGGUUUGUUAAGUGACUUCCACGUCUCACUGCCCUAUGUUGUGCUUGGUGUGCUUGGUGUGCUCACGUCUGUCGUCAUGGUCGCGUUCAUGCCAGAGACUAAAGGCAAGCCACUACCGGAGGAACUACCACCGAGGAGAGUGGUUGAGGAAGGAAAGGUGAAAGAAAAAGAUGAGACUUAUAGAAUGGAUGUAACCUCUUUAUGAACGACUGUGUGCUCGGGAUAAAAGACCGAAUGGUAUUCUAUACUGGGUGAGACAGGGCUUGAGAUCGGGGUACAUGAUGAAAUGCGAGAGGUCUGACGGGUAUUCGAAAACCCUGGACACUGUAGAGGGCCAUUGUUCUCCGCCACCUGGACCAAUCCUCACAUCUGCACGUAGAGUACAGAUGGCACUACUGAUCGUAAUCCUUGUUCUGAUCGACUACUGUGCUUAUCAGGAUUGGAAAUUAGCGAGCAUUUGAAGUAAAUGAAGUUAAGGGUUAGGGUUAGACUUAUGCCUAGCGAAUACAGUAGAAAUCGUCCAGAUCAGUGCGAGCGUUCAGGGCGAAGCUGCUCUUAACCUGCUACCGUACCGCAGCAGACAUUGGGCCGAUUUUGUAAUUGAAAACUGUGACAACAUACAUUGAUUUAGUUAAAACGAUCAUUACAUGCAUAUAUUAUGAAUAUGCAUAAACGAGGCACUCGGAUGUGAUGACUUCCGGUAUCUUCCUUGCGUUCUAAACAAACAUUGGUUGAGAACCCCCACAGAUCAUCUGUCACCGGUCAGAUCACAGAUCAACAAGAGAACACAACUCUCCUCUUUAUUCCCGGGUCCAGCAUCAGGCGGAUGCCAGCUAGGAGAUCUCCUAGCAUCGUGACAAAAUACCAUUUCCCAGGUACUUAACAACGACCCUUAGUGAUACUCACUUGACAACCGCGUGGUCGAUACCGCUGCUUAGAAACACUGACGUCAUACGUUCCCUGCCCGAUUAGACCAAUCAAUCCGUUACUAUUUUUAGGGCAGAACAGCUAUAAACAGGUGUAAUCCGGGAUGCGAUGCUAUUUAUAGCUCGUUUCUUUCCCUUAAGUCUCAGUUUGUUGCUAUAUUUAGUUCCGCCAGAGGAGCAACCUGGUUUUUGCGAUACCUCAGCUCGAUCGACUCAAAAUGCAACAACGCGAACCCCCACCAGUUGUCUACCAUUUCAAGUGGGGAGUUAUCAAGGUUUUUUACUUCUGUUUAUGUUUGACUUCAAUUGCCUUUCGCAUAUGCUUGUAAAAAUCAUUGUCAAUAAACUGAAUUUGUUUGA